GGGGUGGAGUGAUGGAUGGAAAGAUAAGGUUGAUGCAGGAUUUGAGAUAUAUGGGAUGAGGGGUGGAAUCAAAGUAGACAUGGUAGAUAUGGGAUGAUGGGAUAUGGAUGAUGGGGGUAGAAUUGUAGAGGAUAGGAUGAUGGGGUUGGAUACAAAGUGCAGAACUGUACUUCAGAGAUGUUUGCUUAUCUAUUUGUACCAGAAUUGGCAGCAUUAAGCUGUAUAUUCCCCAAGGAGCUAAGAUGGUUUUAGGACAGGUUGUAGCCCUUUGAUUAGCAAUAAUAAGAGCCUUGUUCUUCCUGGUAAUUUGCUGCCACAUAAAGACAGUCAUUAUGUUGUUAUUAUUAACGUGCUGGAAUGCUUGCAGUUUUCUGUACAAUUCCUCUUUUCUAAGACUGUGGGAAUUUUCCUAGCCUUAACUGAAGUCACUUGCACCAUGACAAAAAGUUUCAUUUUUCCAAGAGCCCAGUAAAGCAUUACAGCUGUGCAGUCAAUGGUGGACUUGUCUUAUAUAAAUAGCAUUUGUGAUGCAGCUGUUCAGUUUGAGCAAGCUUCCAAGGGCAGUUCACUUGGCAAGCCGUGAUUCUGACUCUUGGAGAUUCAUCACAUUUGUUUCCCUUGUUUUCUCUGACCUUAGAAUUUACCGUCUCCAACUAACCGGCCUGCUGGCCCUCUCUCGACUCUUCCGAGGCAAGAAGUGGAACGUACUUCGCAAGAGAGUGGACACCUGUAACUACGACGUGGACCAGCUCUUCAUCGGUACCCUGCUGUUCACAAUCCUGCUCUUUCUCUUUCCCACGACGUUGCUGUUUUAUGUCGUCUUCACAACGCAUCGGCUGGCCGUCAUUUUUCUGGAGGGCACUCUCACCAAGACCAUCGAUUUCCUGAGGUGGUUGCCUGUGUACUCCAUCGUUCUCUGGCUGACCGGCUCUGACAUGCUCAUGGUCAGUGUCUACUUUGACCCCCUGCAACAACCCAGGGAGGGCUCCCCAACAGCCAUGAUCAUGCAGUUCCAACACUUGGGUCUGCGUGAUGUGCUACUGCUCUCUCAUGAAGCUUUCAGGAAGUCCCCGGCCCUACCUGAGUUGUCGUCAUCAAGGAACCCUGUGGUAUCACUCGCCUUGGAUUUACUCACCGGAUGCCUUGUUUACCCCUGGAGUCUGGCACAGAAUAAGACUUAAUGGACCAGGAUUUUGAAGCACCACUGGCAAACCCAGCAGAAGGCAAAGGAGGCACGUGCUUCCCCCACCCCCCUGGGCAGAUAUUAGUCCGGCUGUGCUAUGAAUGAUGCGAAUGAUACUAGGAUGGUCUCCGUGUACAAGCAGGCCCCUCACUGGUGGUCAGAGGGAAAGCCCAGGCCGACACCGACCUGCCACCCCAGGCAAAGCUCUCUAUGGGAUUGUGCACUUCAGAUGAAAAGUGACUUUCAUGCAUGUUUCUUAUUGUGUGUGCUCAGUCCACUCCGUGUAUGAAUAAAACAUGUUUCUACAUAGAAAUGGUGUCCUUGUGAUGGAAAGCUUUUGCAUACUCAGGUUCAUGUGCAUUUGGUCGUGGAAUCCACCAGGCAUGUGACCCUAUUUCUGAAAUGUACGGUAUCCUGUGUUCCAAGUUGAAAUUUUUCCCGCCAGUCUGUUUCCUCUUUGCUGAUGAGGUGCUAAACAAGUGGGUUGGCCCCAGAAACCAUUAAUUGCAGCUGUGGUAUAAAGUGCACUGUUUUGUUUAUAUUUAUAUAGCCUGAAUUCAUUCUGAUAUUGGUUUGUAGUGUAAAUCGCACACAAUAUUUCACAGUUUGCUGAAUUGCUGCAUUUUGUGUGUCAAUAUUCAAUUGAGCAAAGAAAUCGACUGGAAUGAAAUUUGAACAUUUGACCUAUAUCACACUCCAUGUUUGACUCCCAAACAUUGUUUUGUUACUUUAAAAGAAUCAACAUAAGUCGUUCUGUCAUUGUACGAGCAUAUUUGAAGAGGCAAAAAUAAAUAAUUUGCAGAAUAAAGUACAUGUAUAAAGAGACUU